AUAAACUCCUUUCUGGUUUGUUUUACUGAAGAAUCCAUUAGAAGGACCUAUAAAUCACGUGGAAAAUGGCCUUCAGUGAUCUUACAUCGAGGACCGUACAUUUUUAUGAUAAUUGGAUCAAAGAUGCUGAUCCAAGAGUUGAAGAUUUGUUCCUCAUGUCCUCACCUCUGCCACAAUCCAUCAUCUUGGGACUCUAUGUUUACUUUGUCACCGCUCUGGGACCAAAGCUCAUGGAAAAUCGAAAGCCCUUUGAACUCAAGAAAGCGAUGUUAAUGUACAAUUUUUUCAUAGUACUCUUUUCUGUGUAUAUGUGUUAUGAGUUUGUGAUGUCUGGCUGGGGGACAGGUUAUUCAUUUGGAUGUGAUAUUGUUGACUAUUCACAGUCACCCAAAGCUCUGAGGAUGGUACACACCUGCUGGCUUUAUUACUUCUCCAAAUUUAUUGAGCUGUUAGACACUAUCUUUUUUGUUCUGCGUAAGAAGAACAGCCAAGUGACUUUCCUUCAUGUCUUCCAUCAUACCAUCAUGCCAUGGACCUGGUGGUUUGGAGUCAAAUUUGCCCCAGGUGGUUUGGGAACAUUCCAUGCCUUUGUGAAUACAGCUGUGCAUGUAGUGAUGUAUACGUACUAUGGGCUAUGUGCAAUGGGACCAGCCUACCAGAAGUAUUUGUGGUGGAAAAAACACUUGACGUCUUUACAGCUUAUCCAGUUCGUUAUUGUCACCAUCCACAUGGGCCAUAUCUUUCUCAUGGAGGAUUGCAAGUACCAGUAUCCAGUCUUUAUGUACAUUAUUAUGUCAUAUGGGUGCAUUUUUAUGCUCCUUUUUCUUCAUUUUUGGUACUGUGCUUACACCAAGGGUCAGAGGCCACCAAAAACUAUGAAAAAUGGAAACUAUAAAAACAAGCAGCACUAAAAUACAAUACAACAUGAAUCCAUGAUUGAGACUGAUACCUGUCUUCCUUGACAAUCGAGAUAUUUACCUAUGCAAUGCAUUUUGUACAUUUUUUCAAAAACAAGAGCUUGUAUUUUUAUGAUAAGUUAUUGGGAUUUCUGAUAUUUAAGAGUUUAAAGCUCCCAAACAAGUCUUCUGAUAAAAGCCUAGAGCAGUCAGAAUUUUCUCAGCUGCUUUUAAAUCUAACUGAAAGGUUUUGGUUUAAUACAUUUUGUUACAAUAAAAGGAGAAUGUGAAGCAACACAGUACUCUUCAAAGACAUCCAGUAGAGAUGAAAAAUAUUAGAUAUUUUGAUCAUGGACAGAGAUCUGCAGAGUACAGGAGAUCCCGUCUGCCAGGUCUGGUAAACCUCUAACUGUGAUUCUGACUCUGUCACUUGUUGGCUGCUUUCAGAAGACACUGUAUUUACUCUGGAGUUCAGUUGCCAUUCUAAAGUGCUAACAGGGGUAAACAUUAAAUGAAUUUUUAAUAAGUUGUGAUUUUAAAUCACUAAUGAUAAAUUUUAAUGGACCUUUUGAAUCGCUGCCAUCAGUGAUAAUGUUUUGCUGAUUAUGGGCUGGGGAUUUAGCUCAGUGGUGCUGCUGCCUGCCUUACAAGCUCAAGGACCCGAGUUUGAUCCCCGGUACCCCGCCCAAAAGGAAAGGAAUUUUGCUGAUAAGAAUUUCUUAUAACCCUUUUGUUGUACAGACUGUUUCAAACUAGCAGUGCUUUCUCUUACUAUACUGAUACACUUGACAUUAAGGUGAAGUUAACAUUAGUUUGGAAACAAGCUGAUUCAUUUGAUGGGCCAUUACAAUUUUACAAUUAAUUUUUAUAUCUGCAAACAGGUGCAUGUAUCCAUGAAAAUUGUUGUAUGAUGUCACUUUCUGAUAUUAUCAUGGUUUAGAGGAUUAUCUCAUUUAAAUAUUGGUUACAUACUUAAAUGUUUAUAUUAUUAGCAUACUGUAGGUACUUUUAAAUCAUAAAUAAUUUUAGGCCACUCAUUUUGCACAGUUUCCAGAUAGGGUUUGAGUAGUUUAUCACACAGCUGAGACAGGUGGUAGCAUAAACUAUCUAG